AUGGAACGUGUCUAUUCAGCCUUUUUUACCUGUGAACGACGUCGGGAGCCUCUAGAACUCACAGCAGCGGCAUUAGAGCUGCAUAAUGAAAAGCAGAAGACACAGAAGACGCAGGUUUCACGCUCUGUGGAUGGAGACAGACGACGAUCCAUUGCUGAUUAUAGACGGGAAGAAUUGUGUAUAGAGUCCAAGCGACAUGCAGCGGAUAGAGCUCAGGAAUUACACAGGAUAACGAUGGACUGGAUGAGUGUCAAGAAAGAUCUGAAGGCAGCGUGUCAAGCGGCAGUACGAGCUUUUAUAUUAGCCUAUGGCUCGAAAGCUUUUACUGCAGUACUACUGGCGUCAAGGAAAUGGAGCAGUCUUGAGUAUGGCUAUGCUGAUGCUGCGAGGCUUUUAUUGAGAGGAGAUACACUUCGAUUUGGAGCUUUUUCUGGGAGUUUAGUCGGAAUCUUUCGACUCACUGAACUCACGACAAGAGCUGUUCGUGGUGGACAAAGAGAUGCUGCUAAUUUAGCAAUUGCAGGAGCAGUUGCUGGCUUGGCGUUGCUUCUGGAUUCACCUUCGAGACGUAGUACCAUCUCGCUGUACAUUUUCGUACGUAUGCUGGAUGUCGUAUGUCGCCAUUUCGUGUCUAUUGGUGUCUUACCGACGUGGCGAUACUCGUCGGAAGUGCUAUUUGCAAUGAGUAAUGCCGCCAUUAUGUAUGCAUUUGUGGUGGAUCCAAGUUUGUUGCCCAAGGGCUAUUACCAGUGGAUUUGUCGAAUUGGCAGUGUGAAUCACCAUGGCUUGGAGUACACCAUCCGGCAGCGUAUGCGUGGCCAGCUAGAUGUUUAUGGAAACUCGUUGUCAUUUCGCCGGUGUCAACCACACUAUCACAUGGAGUCAUGUGUGGCGCAUGCCAUCAAGGAAUGGAUCAACGGAUUGGGAAGGUCAAUGCAAAUUUAUUUUCCUGUGCAUUUUCUCCCUGCUAUGUUUUUUCGCUUCCAGCAGCUUCAGGGAGCUCCAGUGUCUACAAUUGCACGCAUUUCCUAUGCUGCGCUGUGCUCUUCAGCAUUUCUUGCAUCAUACCAGACGGUGGCAAAACUGGUCGUUUGCAUGGCUCGCAAUGCUUUUCGUCGAGAUUAUGCCACCACGUCACUUGCAGCUGGAGUUGCAACGGGUGGCGCUCUCUUGUUUGAGCAUACCAAGCGCCGCUUUGAACUCAUGUUGUAUUGUUUCCCACGCGCACUUGACAUUGUGUGGCAACUUUUGAAGCGCCGAGGAAUUUUACGCUAUGUGAAGCACAGUGAAGUAGCGCUAUUCUGCCUCUCGAUGUCGCUCAUCAUGUCUAGCCCAGCCCGUUAUUUCAAACCGACAUACCUUCGGAUUCUGCGGUUCAUUUUUGGAGGCGAUAUUAUUUGA